UUCCCACUUCCCUCGCGAUACCAGCGUACUCUCGCGAGCACACAGUGAAUUAACACGGGCUCGCAGACUGAGAUGGAGCGAAAUGAGGUCUGAAAAGGACCAAAUGACCGUGGGCAAGGAGAAAAGCGUCGUAGAGAUACAGUUCAGGGAUAUCCCGAGGGAGCAGGAAAACACUCCUGGUAACCCCAAGCAGAAAGAAGAGAAGAAGGAGGUUUUUACAAAGGUGGUGAUUCGGAGGCUCCCACCUAACCUGUCAAAGGAUCAACUAGAGGAACAGCUCAGUCCACUGCCAUCCUACGACUAUUUUGAGUUCUUCCCAGCAGAUCAAAGUCUCUAUCCUCACCUGUUCUCCAGAGCGUAUAUCAAUUUCAAAAACCCUGAAGAUAUCCUGCUGUUCAGAGACAGAUUUGACGGCUAUGUCUUCAUUGACAACAAGGGUCAGGAGUAUCCUGCAGUGGUAGAGUUUGCCCCAUUUCAGAAAAUCUCCAAGAAGAAGCUAAAAAAGAAAGAUGCCAAAGCUGGGAGCAUUGAAGAAGAUCCAGAAUACAAGCGUUUCUUAGAGAAUUACUCCUGUGAUGAAGAGAAAUCUAUGGCCAAUCCUGAGACUCUGCUGGGAGAAAUAGAAGCCAAGACCAGAGAGCUCAUAGCCAAGCGGACAACACCCCUGUUAGAGUACAUCAAAAAUAAGAAAAUUGAGAAACAGAGAAUAAGAGAGGAGAAGAGAGAGGAGAGGAGGAGAAGAGAGCUUGAAAAGAAACGGCAAAGGGAGGAGGAGAAGAGAAAGCGACGAGAGGAGGAGAGGCGCAAACGAAAAGAGGCCGAGAAGCAGAAAAAAUUGUCUGAUAAAGACAUCAAAAUCAAGCUCCUGAAGAAGAGUGACAGAGACGACGAUGUGGAUUCAGACCGAAUGAAAGACAAAAGUGACAUUGGGGAGACAGACAGGGGAAAAUGGGAGAAAGCUGGAGGACAAAUGAAGUCAAAAGAUCCCAAAGAAAAAGGUCAGCCCGAGAGCGACAAAGAGCAGAGAGAGCAGCACGGACGCCGGCAGAGAGAUAAGGAUCAUCGAGGGAAAGACGAAGAGAGGAAAAGACAGCGGCACCACUAUGAAUUUGAUAAAUUUAUGCGUCGCAAAGAUGAGACCAAAUGGGGGAAGGGCUACUGCCAGGACCGUGUCAAGAAAGAGGGGCACCAUCAUGGCUUCUCUUACUGUCCUGACAGUGGAGACAAGCUAGGAAAGGAAGACAGGGAGGACCUGGGUAAUAGGAAGGAGCGCCUCCGAAACAAGGUGAGCGAGAAGGACCGUCCAGCCAUGCAGCUCUAUCAGCCAGGCGCACGCAACCGCAAGCGCAUGAGUUCAGCAGGCAAAGGCUACGACUGCAUCCCUGUGGGCCAAUCACCUGAACCGGGGACGGAGCAUUGUUAUGAGGUGGUCACUAUGGCAACAGGGUUGGAGAAGGGGUUUGAGAAAAACAAAGACGAGCAGUGAGCAGUCCUUGAUGUUGAGAGGAAAUGCUAAUAAAUAAUUCAGCCUUUCAGCCUAAGUUGAUGGUGACACGUUUGACUGAUUAUUGAGCUCAUGAGACUAAUAUGCCCCAGUGAGGGAGAAAGCACUUCAAAACAGCCUAUUAGUAAUUUUCAUCAGUGUUAGGUGUAGUAAAACCCAGAGCUUUGAAUGUUGGUCAAGGUUUUUGUUUUGCUGGAGCAUGAACAUUUGUAGCACAUGCUAAGUAUUUCAAGCGUCUCACCAAUUAAUAUUCAAAGAACUGUCAAACUAUACCAUUGGGUUAAAUCUUUGGGAUAAUCAGUUUGAAAAAUACUGAGAACAGGUGCAAACAAUAGCCAUUACCUUGGUGAUAGCACAACAGUUAACUUGAUUUCAGUCUCUUGGUAUAUUUCAUGCACUAUCUUGGUCCACAUGCACAGACUGGUAUUGUUUUAAACUGCCUCCUGCUAACUAGAUUUCAGUUUUAAACGUCAUCCAAAGAGGAAGUUCAGUGUCAUCCCUUUUGGUCAUCAUGUUUCUGAAGUGUGUCUGUAAGACGCAGCUCACGUGUGGUGCACAUCAACAGUUUGCUGGUGAUCCUCUGCAACAGAAUUUGUUGCGAAACCUUUGUACAGUCCGCUGAAACUGGAUGUUUUUAAUGAUCCUAUAGAUUUUAUUAAAAUGAAAUAUAAUGUAAGUAGAACUUACAGAGAAUGGAUGUAGAAAAUUUAACAGUGGACAUUCUGUGUGUAUUUUUGUGUGUAAAGAUAAAUUAACUGAGAGUUAUUAUUAAGAUGACAGUUUCAACAUGUUUUCCGCUCUUUUUUUUUUUUUCCGUGUCUUAUUACAUUUGGUCCAUCUUAUUCUUAAGUGUCGUAAAGCAGAGACGAGAACAUUUUUUGUGAGCAAAUCUUUGUACUUGAUCACCCAUGAGCCAGGAAGAACACAUUCUCUACAUUUCUACAAAGCAUUUCCUAGAAAUAAAAUGUAAGAUUGCAAAGUACGACACAGAUAAGUGAAGACGAAUGAAUUUUCUAUGCUGUUUGCAUGGUUUUCUAUUGAUUCUGUCAAAUGCAAUGGAAAAGCCACAAAUAUUGAUAAAGUAAUGUUUAACAAGGCUAUUAUUUUUGCAUAUGCCCAAAGUCUAUCAUACCUCUUGUAUCUUUUUGUUUUCCUUAAGUUGUGAGAAAAUAAAGCUCUUCUACCGUUACAAGACUUAA